AGCGCGGCGCAUCCCGUGAGUCCGUGGGGGACUACGAUUCCCGGCAUGCUCCGCGGCCAUCGGAAUUAACCCUUCAGGGCUGGCGGCCGCGCUAUGCUCCGCCCCCUCCCCAGCCCCAGACACGGACCCCGCAGGAGAUGGGUGCCCCCAUCCGCACACUGUCCUUUGGCCACCGGACAUCAUGCCUCCCAAGAAGGAUGUUCCCAUGAAGAAACCAGCAGGGCCCUCCAUCUCCAAACCUGCUGCUAAGCCAGCAGCAGCAGGGGCUCCUCCAGCCAAGACCAAAGCUGAGCCAGCUGUCCCCCAGGCCCCUCAGAAAACCCAGGAGCCUCCAGUCGAUCUCUCCAAAGUGGUGAUCGAGUUUAACAAGGACCAGCUGGAGGAGUUCAAGGAGGCCUUCGAGCUGUUUGACCGAGUGGGGGAUGGCAAGAUCCUGUACAGCCAGUGUGGGGACGUGAUGAGGGCCCUGGGCCAGAACCCCACCAACGCCGAGGUGCUCAAGGUCCUGGGGAACCCCAAGAGUGAUGAGCUGAAGUCCCGGCGUGUGGACUUUGAGACUUUCCUGCCCAUGCUCCAGGCAGUGGCCAAGAACCGAGGCCAAGGCACAUAUGAGGACUACUUGGAGGGGCUUCGUGUGUUUGACAAGGAGGGGAACGGCAAAGUUAUGGGAGCAGAGCUCAGACAUGUUCUCACCACCCUCGGUGAGGCAGGCAAGGGGGACCAGAACUCCUUUAGAGUGGAGAGGGGGAUGGGGUGGGCCAGAAAAAAGACUGGCCAGAUAAGCAGAGCCAGCAGGAGGAUUGCUGUCCUGCAGGUUGUCAGCAGGAGACUGAGAAGGUCAGAGCUAUGGGGGUAGAAUCUGAAGGCCUCGCUCUUCCAGAGGCUAAAGUGCCUAGGAAAAGGGAUGAGGUGGGAAACCUGAAUUUUCAUUUUGGAAGAGAUGUGUGGGUUGUGUAUUCUGGUACAAGUCUCGUAACCUCCUGGGAUUGUUUCUUUGUGGGUCAGUACUUUCACCAGUACUAGGGUGAAAUGGAAAGGCAAGAGGCAUCCAUGACCAGGGGAGGAUUCCCUUGAGGACUGAGGCUAUGGGAAGUCUCCAGGGUGGGAGAAGAAGAGGUACCACUCUAAAGAGCAUGGCCUGGCCGGGCGCGGUGGCUCACGCCUGUAAUCCCAGCAUUUUGGGAGACCAAGGCGGGCGGAUCAUCUGAGCUCAGGAGUUCGAGACGGGCCUGGCCAACAUGGUGAAACCCCAUCUCUAUUAGUAAUAUAAAAAUUAGGCAGGCAUGGUGGCACGCACCUAUAGUCCCAGCUACCCAGGAGGCUGAGGCAGGAGAAUCGCUGGAACCCGGGAGUCUGAGGUUGCAGUGAGCCGAGAUCACGCCACUGCACUCCAGCCUGGGGGACAGAGCAAGAUUCUGUCUCAAAAAAAAAAAAAAAAAAAGGCCAGACAUGGUGGCUGAAGCCUGUAAUCCCAGCACUUUGGGAAGCCGAGGCAGGCGGAUCACUCGAGGUCAGGAGUUCGAGACCAGCCUGGCCAACAUGGUGAAACCUCAUCUCUACUAAAAACACAAAAAUUAGCCAGGCAUGAUGGCGGGUACCUGUAAUCCCAGCUACUUGGUAGGCUAAGGCAGGAGAAUCGCUUUAACCCGGGAGGUGGAGGUUGUGGUGGGCCGAGACCAUGCCACUGCACUCCAGCCUGGGCGAUAGAGCAAGACUCAGUUUCAAAAAAAAGCAAAACAGCAUGGGCUGGUUGGGCGCAGUGGCUCACUCCUGUAAUCCUAGCACUUUGGGAGGCCAAGGCAGGAGGAUCGCUUGAGCCCAGGAGUUCGAGACCAGCCUGGGCAACAGUGAAAUUCUAUAUUAAUAAUAAAAAAAAAAAGUACAA